AUGUCUCUUGUUUCAAAGGCGAUCGUUGGUCUUCCAUGUCUUCAAAUAAAUGCACGUUUUUAUGCUGCUUUGGCAUAUAACAGCCCGAAAAAUGGUAAAGCGACAGAUCAGAGAAAAGAAGGGUCGGAAGGUGUAAAAAGGGAAGAGAAACAACCUGAAAGUGUCAUUUCUCACGUAUCACCUGGCAUAAAUAAUGCCUCGUCUUGGUUAUCACAUCCUAGUGUAUCAGACCCAACUUUUCAAGUAAUAUCACCAGGGAGUCUGGGCGCCUUGCUUUUAGUAAAAUUACCGCCAAAAUCCGAAAUCUAUGCAGCGUCUGGAACAGCUAUCGCCGUAUCAAGCAAAGUUACUGUCGAACGUACCGUUGACGGAAAUUUUGUGAUUGCUCUUGGACGGAAGAUGGCAGGAGGACAACUCAUUUAUCACAAGUUCACGACUGAAUCACUUCCAGGAGAUAUUCUGAUAACACCUGGCUCGUUGUCAGAUAUCGCCGCUAUUAGUAUGGAUGGCAGGUCAGAGUAUUAUGUGCGAAAAGGAGCUUUUUUAGCAAAAGGACCACGCGUUACGCUAGGAAUCAGCGGCGGCGCUCUAAGAUCUUUUGGUUAUCGGGUCACUGGCCGAGGAACAUUAGUGAUCACAAAUUAUGGUGCAAUUCAUCGUCUGAUAUUGAAUGCUGGAGACGAAUAUUUAGUUAACCCAAAACAUUUAAUCGCAUGGGACGCAUUAACUCAUCCAUCAAUAUCAUUACCAUUAAUAAAGUCCUCGCCAAGUCGAGGACGAAAAAUCAUCGAAAACGUUGCUUCAAGAGCCUCGGAAAGAAUGCCGACAGUUAUAGAAAAUUUUCGAAAUAGUCCGUCGGUGAAACCAACACUGGAAAAAAUGAAACGAAUUUCUGUGAGGACAAGGAAAUGGAUUUAUGGAGGGCCGGAACUUUUAAAGCUCACAGGACCUGGCGAUUUUUAUUUAGCGAGUAGGGUAGAACCUGUCUUUGGAAGCUUCAAAACAUUAACUUCUCCUUCGAUAGAAGAAAUUGAAGAGACACAAAUUCCAUUAACACCACCAUCAACAACCCCACGUGCACGUCAACCACCAGAACCACCUAGAAUGUCGUAUGCAUUGGUCACAAAGAAUGGUCACGUCACAUUCACAGAUGAAUUAGUGACCACGCUAUCAAGCACUCCAUUGUCGCCACCCUCCCCUGAUAAACCAUCGAUAAUUGGGCGAAUUGCAUCAGGGAGUGGAUUAUUACAGCUUAGGCGGUGGAUCCUUCCCAAUCGAAUCGCUUUUAAAGAUACGAAAAGAGAAUGA